UACCGGCCCAAAUGAAUUAAUCAUGAUUUUGGUCUAAUUUUGAUUCUGAUUUUCCUUAUGUUUCUUAUUUAAUUCAGUCAUGAUUCGAUCUGGUUUUGAAUCGGGUCGACCGAAACCAACCCCUAGUUAUGGACCCAAUUUUAUUUGAGUUCUCCUUUGGACAACACAAACCAAGUCCAUCGUCCAUUCUUCUCCAUUUUCUUCCCAAGAAGAGAAACAUCCGAACCCAAAACAUGGCCGCUUCACCACCCACAGUCGCCGCCGCGACGUUACCACAGCAAGUGCACUUCGUCCUUUUCCCGUUCAUGGCACAAGGCCACAUGAUCCCAAUGGUCGACAUCGCCAAGCUCCUAGCCUCCCGCCACGGCGUCCUCGUCACCAUCGUCACAACUCCGGUCAACGCCGCCAGAUUCAAAUCCCCGCUCGACCGCGCAAUCAACGAGCUCCGCCUUCCGAUCACCGUCGUUCAGCUCCGUUUCCCCUGCUCCGAAGCAGGGCUCCCCGAAAACUGCGAGAGCGUCGACCUGCUCCCUUCCGUCGCCUCCCUCGCCGGAAUCUUCCGCGCCGCCGCAUUAAUGGAGCCUCAGGUCGAAACCCUUUUCCAAACCCUCAAUCCGUCUCCCAGCUGCAUCGUCUCCGACUUCUGCCUCCCUUACACCAACAGGAUAGCGAAGAAAUCCGACGUGCCGAGGAUCAGCUUCCACGGAUUCAGCUGCUUCAGCCUCCUCUGCCUCCACUUGAUGAAGCUCCACGAGGACGAAUUCCAGAGCUGCGCGAGCUCCGACCACGAAUACUUCGUCGUCCCGGGGUUCCCGGGAGGAAUCGAGCUCACCAGGGAGCAGCUUCCGUUGCAGUCGAAGAAGCCAGGGGAUGAUCUAGGGAAGGCGGAGUCGGAGGCAGAGUCGGAGGCUUAUGGGGUCAUUGUGAACUCGUUUGAGGAAAUGGAGGCAGAGUACCUGAAGGAAUUCAAGGAGGCGAAACAGGGGAGGGUUUGGUGCGUUGGGCCCGUUUCACUGACGAAACGUUUCGAAUUGGAUGAUUUGGAGAGAGGGAACUCUUCGCCGUCAGUUCGUGUCGAUCAGUGUCUAAGUUGGUUGGAUGACAAGGAACAUAAUUCUGUGAUUUACGUCUGUUUGGGCUCUAUAUGCAACCUCUCGUCGGCACAGCUGAUCGAGCUCGCAUUAGGGCUCGAGGCGUCGGAGAAGGCGUUUGUGUGGGUCGUCAAGGAGAUUGAGAAGACCAAGGAGCUUCUCGAUUGGAUGGCGGAUGAGAAGUUCGAGAAGAGGGUUUCUCCGAGAGGGAUGUUGAUACGAGGGUGGGCGCCGCAGGUGAUGAUCUUGUCCCACCCUUCCGUUGGAGGGUUCCUCACUCAUUGUGGCUGGAAUUCUUCCCUGGAGGGGAUUAGUGCAGGGGUUCCAUUGGUGACGUGGCCUAUGUUUGCGGAUCAGUUCUGCAACGAGAAGCUAAUCGUGGAGGUGGUGAGAACAGGUGUGAAAGUUGGAGCGUGGCGCCCCACGAUCUGGGAUGGGAAGGAGGAAACGAAGGAAGUGUUGGUGACGAGGGAGCAAGUGGAGAGAGCGGUGAGACUAGCGAUGGAUGGUGGAGAGGAAGGAGAAGGGAGAAGGAAGAGAGCACAUGAGCUUGCUGAUAUGGCGAGACGAGCCGUGGGAAAUGGAGGAUCUUCUCACAAAAAUGUUGCCAUGUUGAUCGAAGAUAUUAUUCAACAGCAAGAGCUAAGAAAACAGUAGGGAAGAAUCGUGUUACUUUAUUCAAAAUUGGCUAAAUUACACGUUCGGUCACUCAAAUUAUACAAAUCUUUCACGUUUGCCACCCGAAUUACUUUUCUUUCUUAUUCGCCACUAACUUUACAAAUCGUUUCACGGUUGGUCACCGGCCUUUACACUCCGUUUAGUUUGUCCUACGUGGCAGUCAACUAUAAACUUUGACCGUUAACUAGAUGACGUGGAAAUUAAAAAAAAAUUCUUUCCACCUCAUCAUUGCACUUAAAUAUAGGUCUAUGUUCGAUAUGUAUUGUUAGCUAAUUAAUUAAGCAUUAAAUAUAAUCGUUUUCAUUCAAGAGGGACGCGGAGGGGCUCUGAUACUAUUUUUUCGACCAAGAUAUUGUCUACGUUGGCCAUACACAUGCACGAUUUUUGCCUUGAGGUACAUAUCAAGGUGACUUAUCAUAAGUUACCCAUACUUGUUGUACUCCACGUUAAACACGUUUAACUUUGGAGUUCUUGUAACUCUUUCAUUUCACCCAAAAAUCGCAUCUUCUCCGUUAAUAUCGAUUUCUUAUUUAUAAACCAUGAAUAUUUUUCGGACUUUGUCGAUGCUGGAUUGUGUUACCGUAUAUAUUACCAUUAUCAACAAGAAAAAAACAAUUGAAGCUAACAGCUAGUACAUGGGUAAGCAAGAUCGUAGGGAUCUGAGUGUUCGGUGGUGAGUGUCUGAGUGACAUAAAUGAGGUUAUGAAGAGCAACAUGGUAAGCAUGGUGAGUAAUUGAUAAUUGCCGUUGACUAAUUAGAACAUUAGCCUCGGCUGGCGAGCUUGGACUUGCAUGAUUAAAAUUUAAAGUCAUCAUCACCAAUCCUAUAUUUAAUUAAUGCAUGAUGUUAAAAAAAAAAAAACCCUACUUGAUUAAGGGAUGUCAUAAUAAUAAUAAUUAUUAUUAUAAUUAGAAUAGUAUAAGUUUGAUUUAAGGAGUUUGGUGGGGUGCACGAGGGUGCACGAUAAGUUCCUAACAAUCCAUCUAGAAUUGCUGUCUGAUUCAUCAAAAUGUUGUUGAGAGAGGUCCAUGAAUGAUAUUUAACAAUUUUCUUACACGUCCCCCUCAAAUGAAAGUCAAAUAAUGAGUUUGAAGUUUGUAUAGGGCCAACACACGUGAUCUCAAAGACAAACUAGCUCUUAUAACAUGUCAUAAAUCAACUGGUCCCAAUAACUCGAGUUAUUGGGAUCAACUGGUUCUUGACAUUGUAUCAGAGCUUUCUAUGAUUCAGAGGUCUUAUGUUCGAAUCCCUAUGUGAUAUGAACUUGGGUGCUGCUAUUUCAUUAGACUAUAACUCAUUUGUUCUUGUAUUUCAAAUUCGAAUAUAAUAGUUAAAAGCUAUUUCGUAUCCCAAUUACGGGCUCCCCUUAUCUAGUGGGAUAUAUCUAGGGUGUCCUCUCAUAAAAAUUAAGUUAAAUUAAUUAUUAAAUAAGAAAAUAUCUGAAUUUACAUUUGAUUUUCAAUGAAUGGUUAUUUCCAUGGUUCAAAACGAUGUGCUUAGAAGUGGGGACAGGUUAAGGUAAAGGUAAAUUGGGUAUGAAAAAAUAAUUUUUAUUAAUUAAUUUUAUAAUAAAUUACAUUUUGGGCAGUUACAAAAAUAUAUUAAUUAUAAUUAUCUCUCUUUCUCUCAUUUCCGUAAUCUCCAGCCAGACCUUGUUUUCUUAUUUUUCUCAAUCUUUCUAAAAAAAAUUACUAUCAAUCCAUUAGCCACCACCACUUCGAAAAACACCAAUACCAUUAUAACAAAAAACAAGAAAUCAAUACCAAUCCAUUAAACAACCACUACAACUUCGAAAAACACUACAGUUGCACAAAACACUAAUAUCGUUCGAGAAAUAAAAACACUACAAUUUCACAAAACACCAAUACCAUUGCAGAUUCAAUCAAAAUCAAAACAUGUAAAUUAA